CUGGAAAAUUACUCUGAUGCUCCUAUGACCCCAAAACAGAUUCUCCAGGUCAUAGAGGCUGAAGGACUGAAGGAAAUGAGCGGCACUUCCCCCCUGGCCUGCCUCAACGCCAUGCUCCACUCCAACUCGCGGGGAGGCGACGGGCUCUUCUACAAACUGCCCGGACGCAUCAGCCUCUUCACGCUGAAGAAGGAUGCCUUGCAGUGGUCUCGGAAUCUGUCUGUGCCAGAAGGGGAGGAGCUGGAGGACACAGCAGACGCAGAAAGUUGUGAGUCCAAUGAAGCAAGCACUGUGAGUGGUGAUAACGAUGUGUCUCUGGAUGAAACCUCCUCUAACGCCUCGUGUUCCACUGAGUCUCAGAGCAAGGGACCAGCUGCUACCAGGGAGAGCUGCAGAACCGCCUCGCAGACCACCAAACAGAAGAAGAAGACCGGCGUCAUGCUGCCGCGCGUUGUCUUAACACCGCUGAAAGUCAACGGGGCGCACGUGGAGUCUGCCUCGGGCUUCACGGGAAGGCAUGCUGAUGGGGAGAGCAGCAGCACGUCCAGCAGCAGCAGCAGCUCUUUGGCCCUGUGCAAAGCCACCUUGCGUAGCAGAACAGAAAUAAACAGGGAUCCUCCGCAGCUCCUGAGAGGCAUCCGAAAGCCCUCGGCUGGGCAAAUGAAGCGGAACAGGGGCGAGGACAUUGACUUUGAAACACCCGGUUCCAUUCUCGUCAACACCAACCUGCGAGCGCUGAUCAACUCCAGGACCUUCAACGCGCUCCCGUCGCACUUCCAGCAGCAGCUGCUUUACCUCCUGCCCGAAGUGGACAGACAGGUGGGGGCUGACGGGCUGAUGCGCCUCAGCGGCAGCGCCCUCAACAACGAGUUCUUCACCCACGCGGCGCAGAGCUGGCGGGAGCGGCUGGCCGAACUGUUGGUAGUGGGUGAAUUCACCCAUGAGAUGCAAGUUCGGAUCCGGCAGGAGAUGGAAAAGGAGAAGAGAGUGGAGCAAUGGAAGGAGAAGUUCUUUGAGGACUACUAUGGACAAAAGUUGGGCUUGACCCAAGAAGAGUCCCAGGAGCAGAAUUCGGUGCAAGAAGACGCCGAGAACAGGACGGGACUGGCUGUUAAAGGAGAAGCCAGGCUGCCGCGCGGUCCUGCUGCCCGGCAGAGAGACGGGCACUUCAAGAAGCGCUCCCGAGCCGACCUGCGGUGCAGAGCCAGGCGGAGCCUCUACAAAUUGCGGGAACCCGAGCAGACGGAGGCUUCCAAAGAGGCUGCUUCCGUGGGCCCCGAUUCCUCUCUCCGUAAAGAGGCGAAGCCCGAGCUAGACCUGAAGAAGGAUGACCUGACCGGCCCCUCGGCCGCGGCGCUGAAGCCGGAGAGUUCGGAGUCGCACCUCUCGGCAGAGGCUUCCAGAUUGCACAGUCAAUCGGAAGAUCCGUCGCUGGCCGCUGCAAACAGAAUUCCCGGGUUGCCCCAGGAGAACUCCGCUCGGGAGGCCAAGGACCAGAAGAGGAAAUGCUUUGAGGAGGCUGCCUCCGCGUCCUUCCCCGAAAAGAAGCCCCGGCUUGAAGAUCGUCAGUCCUUUCGUAACACAAUUGAAAGUGUUCACCCAGAAAAGCCACAGCCUACUAAAGAGGAGCCCAAAGUCCCACCCAUCCGGAUUCAACUUUCACGUAUUAAACCACCCUGGGUGGUUAAAGGUCAGCCCGCUUACCAGAUAUGCCCCAGGAUCAUCCCCAACACGGAGCCCUCCAGCCGGGGCAGGGCCGGGGCCAGAACCCUCGCAGACAUCAAGGCCCGCGCUCUGCAAGCCCGAGCCCAGCGCGAAGCUGCCGCAGCCGCCAUCGGGGGUGGGGGCGGCCCAGGCGGAGGGAGAAGCCCGGACGAAGGAGGUGGCGGAAGAGAACCCGGCGGCCGCUCAGAGCACAGGAGAUCGAAGAGAACUCGUGGAAAGCGUUCGUCAGAUCUACAGCGAGCACAACUACUGUCGUCUCGCCGUCUGAACGGGGAAGAGGCGCGCGCCGAGGGGGCUGCCCGGGAGGCCGACGCCGGUUCCUGCCUCUCUUCCAGACCAGAGCCCUUUUCUCCCGAGGGCGAGGGGAGCGGUGAUCUGCCGGGCGCGGCGGGCGCUGGCUCAGGGGAAGCUCAGCCCGGGGAUGGUUCGCCUGGGAGGCAGCUCCGUGGUGCUUUGGCUGGGUCGUCCUUAGACAAUGCAGCUUCGGAGAAGCAGGAGGAGAGCCCCGAGCAGCUCCUCCGCCACCCAAGGACCGAAACCCCGUCUUGUGGUGCACCGCAGGAGAGGCAGAGCACAAAGCUGAAGCGCGCGGUUCCCCCGGUAAACGGUCUGUCGUGUUCUCAGGUGCAGGGAGCCGCGGUCAGUCCUGUGGGAGGCAGGGCCGGGGCGGCUCCCGCCGUGCAGCUGGGCCGUCGCUCUGAUGUGGAGGGGAGCUCCUCCGGCGGUCCUGCUCCUCUGCCGGAGUUCUCGUCAGGGGGUAAAGAGCGCCGUGAGCCAGAAACGGUGCCGAGGUUUAGAUUUAAUGGCUCUGAAACGGUUGUGGGAAAAUGCGUGGCCGACGGCGCUGACUCCGAGGCGGGGGGGGCUGGAGCGGGGGGAGCGGCCCCUGCGCUGCGCGGCUUCGCGCACCUGCAGGCGGAGGAAGAGGGCGACGGCGAACGAAGCGGCGAGGAAGAGAGCGCGGAGCCUCCGCUGAAGCCCUCUCCGCGGGGCGGCUCUGUUUCCCGGGGCAGGAUAGACGCCUCUGGAACACUUCUGCAGCGGAGGGAGAGGGGCCCCAGAGCAGAACCAGAAGACGCACAUCGGGCACCGGGAGAGACUCGGGAGCUCAAG